GAAAGGGCGUGGAAGGGAACCGGAGCAGCGGGCGGAGGGGCACGAGUUCAGGGGGCGGGAGGCGGGAGGAUGCCAGCGGCAGCGGCUCCUGGCGGCCGGACGCCCGCUCUGCCCGCUGAGCCGAGCCUCAGAGGUUUCCAGAGUGACGCCCGGGCACAGCGCGUCCCCCGGCGGCUCGGAAGACCCUACGCCUCCCCGCUGGCCUGCUAACGGCGCACCCCGGGGUCGCCCCGCUGCUCCCGCCCCCCCGCCCCCCAGGUGCGCCGACGGCCUCAGAGAUGGCAAAUCCUGAGGUCGUUACAAAUAGCUGUAGCUCUCAGCAGGAGGAAAAUGGCUGCACAUUUAACCAGAAUACAUCUCCCUCUGAGGAGCUCCUAUUAGAAGACCAGAUGAGGCGAAAACUCAAAUUUUUUUUCAUGAAUCCUUGUGAGAAAUUCUGGGCUCGAGGCAGAAAACCAUGGAAACUUGUUAUACAAAUUAUAAAACUUGCAAUGGUGACUAUUCAGCUGGUCUUUUUUGGGCUAAGUAACCAGAUGGUGGUAGCUUUCAAGGAAGAUAACACUAUAGCAUUCAAACACCUCUUCCUAAAAGGAUAUGUGGACCAAGCGGAUGACACCUAUGCAGUUUACACACAGAGUGAUGUAUACAGUCAGAUCAUCUUCGCAGUGAACCAGUACUUGCAGCUACGCAACAUCUCAGUCGGGAACCACGCUUAUGAGGAUCAGGGCGCGGAGCAGUCCGGUAUGGCGAUCUGCCAGUACUUCUACAAGCAAGGAAACAUCUGUCCUGGAAACGAUACCUUUGACAUUGAUCCCCAAAUUGAAACUGAAUGUUUCUCCGUGGAGCCAGAUGAAUCUUUUUACAUUGGAACACCAGAAGAAAAUAAACUAAACCUAACACUGGACUUCCACAGACUCCUAACAGUGGAGCUGAUGUUUAAACUGAAGGCCAUUAAUCUGCAGACUAUUCGUCAUCACGAGCUCCCCGACUGUUACGACUUCACUCUGACUAUCACAUUUGACAAUAAAGCCCACAGUGGAAGAAUUAAGAUAAGUUUAGAUAAUGACAUUUCCAUCCGAGAAUGUAAAGACUGGCAUGUUUCUGGAUCAGUUCAGAGAAACACUCAUUACAUGAUGAUCUUUGAUGGCUUUGUUAUCCUGAUGUGCUUGACUUCUUUAAUCCUGUGCUUUCGAUCUGUGAUUAAAGGAAUUCAGCUGCAACAGGAAUUUGUCAAUUUUUUCCUCCUCCAUUAUAAGAAGGAGGUUUCCGUUUCUGAUCGAAUGGAAUUUGUCAAUGGAUGGUACAUUAUGAUUAUUAUUAGUGACUUAUUGACAAUCAUUGGAUCAAUUCUGAAAAUGGAAAUCCAAGCCAAGAGUCUAACAAGUUAUGACGUCUGCAGCAUACUUCUCGGGACCUCCACCUUGCUCGUGUGGCUGGGCGUCAUCCGAUACCUCAGUUUCUUCCACAAGUACAAUCUCCUUAUCCUGACCCUUCAGGCAGCGCUGCCCAGUGUCAUGAGGUUCUGCUGCUGUGCGGCUGUGAUCUAUUUUGGCUAUUGCUUCUGUGGAUGGAUUGUGCUGGGACCUUACCAUGAAAAGUUCCGUUCUCUGAACUUGGUCUCCGAGUGCCUUUUUUCUCUGAUAAAUGGAGAUGACAUGUUUGCGACAUUUGCAGGAAUGCACCAAAAAAGUUACUUGGUCUGGCUAUUUAGCAGACUUUACCUCUACACGUUCAUCAGCCUCUUUGUAUAUAUGAUUUUAAGUCUUUUCAUUGCACUGAUCACUGAUACAUAUGAAACAAUCAAGCAUUACCAGCAGGAUGGCUUCCCAGAGACCAGACUUCGGACAUUUAUAGCAGAGUGCAAAGAUCUACCCAACUCUGGAAAGUACAGAUUAGACGACGAACCUCCAGGAUCUAUAUUCUGCUGUUGUACAAAGUAGCCCUCAGGCUUAUCUGUGCUCUAGAGGAAAAUAUGAUGUGCAGCUGAGUUGGGAAACUAUAUGGAUAUUUUAAGAUCUGGUAGAGUAUGUUUGAAGACUAUCAUUUUGAACAAAUUGAUAGCUAUAAUUCAUUAAGAAUGCAUUAGGUUUAUAAUUUAAAAGCAAUAAUUAUUGUCUUUUUAGCUUUAUGUUGAGUUUAUUUAAAAAAAAACAAAACACUACCUUUGAUUAGUGAAGCUAUUGGCUUCUUAUUCGUUCUUUAUUUUGCCAUAGCUUUAGAAGGUGUUUUCUAUGCCACUCUUUGUUGUUGUUGCUGUUCUUAAUCCUCAUCUGAGGGUAUUUUUUCCAUUGAUUUUUAGACAAAGUGGAAGGGAGGGGGAGAGACAGAGAGAGAGAAACAUCCAUCUCCCUGACAGGGACUGGGGAUGGAGCCUGCAACCGAGGUAGUACAUGCCCUUGACCAAAAUUGAACCUGGGGCCUUUCAGUCCACUGGUUGAUUGAUGCUCUAUCCACUGAGCCAAACUGGCCAGGGCUCCAUACCACUCUUUACUCUAGCUCUUAGCCUCUUCUUACAGUGAUUCGGACUGUGCUGAUUGCGUCAUCAGUGGAAAACAUGUACUGAUGUACUGUGUGCCCUUCACAGGCACAUUCAGCCUCAGAAAGGAGCAGCAUUUUAGGGUUGGGAACUGUUGUUUUGUGGGGAGAGGUUCUAUAACUUACAUUUAAAACAUUUUAUAAAACAGCUUUCCUCAAAAUUUUAAAAUAAGUGGGAAAUGUAUGCCUUUAAAAGACACAGAACCAAAGUCUCUAUCCUUGCAAAAUGCUGAUUCGAAGUUUCAGGGAUUUUUCCUAACAUGAAUCUUUGUUUUGUGUACUGUUUGUUCAAAUAGAAAUGAACUCAGUGAUGUGCAAUAAAGGUUUUCUCAAAGCAAACUUUUUUUUUUAAAGGAAACUAAUUUGUCAAUUUCUUAUUUUGGCUUAAGGGCUAAAUUAAGAUAGCCUUGAGACACUAAAAUCUUUAUUUAAUCAUGACCAUAACAAUGACUCUAGGUGUUGAAAUGUGAGAUGAUACAACAAAUAUAAGCUAUGUUUGUAGUGCCUUUGGUUUUUUAGUAAUAAAAAAACCCUAAACCUCUAGGUGAGUUUUUUUCCUUA